AUAGUCUACGAGUACUUCAUCGCACCGUCUUCUCCUAAGCAGCCACCAACACCACCACCACCGCUUACACAAGAUACACACCACAGCGAAGAUGACCGAAACUUUCGAGCCAUUGAGCAAUGACCUUAUUCUUCGGGCCGCUAGAGGUAAGUCCUUCCAAUUCUACCAUACAAAGUCCUGGGGAAGAAUAACCAAUGCUGAACAGGCGAAACCGUCGAACGGCCCCCAAUGUGGGUAAUGCGUCAAGGUCCUCCCUCCUCCCUCCUCCCAAACCCCGACUAACGUAGCCCAGCCGGCCGCUACCUCCCAGAAUACAAUCAGGCGAAAGGAGGUCGCGACUUCUUCUCGGUAUGCCGCGACCCGGAGCUUGCAAGCACAAUAACCUUACAACCAAUCCUCCGCUACGCAAACCUGAUCGACGCGGCCAUAAUCUUCUCAGACAUCCUCGUGAUCCCGCAGGCGAUGGGGAUGACAGUGGAAAUGCUGGAGGCGAAGGGGCCACACUUCCCGAAUCCACUGCGGAAGCCGGAAGACCUCUCACAGCUCAAGUCGGAGGUUGACGUUCGUGCAGAACUCGGCUACGUCUUCGACGCCAUCCGCCUGACACGGCGAAAACUGGCGGGACGUGUCCCGCUGAUCGGCUUCGUCGGCGCGCCCUGGACCCUCAUGAGUUACAUGGUCGAGGGCGGGGGCAGUAAAACGUUCACGUUCGUCAAGACCUGGAUUUUCAAACACCCCUCCACUUCGCAUUCCCUGCUGGCCAGGAUCACGGACGUCUGCGUGGAAUUCUUGGCGAACCAGGUCCUCGCGGGAGCGCAGAUGCUGCAGGUCUUUGACUCCUGGGCCGGCGAGUUAUCGCCGCACGACUUCCGCACGUUCGCACUCCCGUACAUCCGUCGGAUAUCCGCGCGCGUGCCGGUGCGCGUCAGGGAACUCGGAGGCGAGCCCGUCCCCAUGACUAUCUUCGCCAAGGGCGCUUGGUACGCUCUCGAAGAACUGUGCGAGUCCGGGUACCAGGUCGUCGGCCUCGACUGGACGCACGAUCCUGAAAGUGCCGUCGCCAUCGCCAACGGCCGUGUCACGCUGCAGGGGAAUAUGGACCCCAACGUUUUAUAUGGUGGCCGCGAAGCAAUCACCCGGGCCGUCGAGAGGAUCGCCAAGGGCUUUGGCAGUGGGAGGAAAGGUUGGAUCGUCAAUCUUGGUCACGGCAUCACGCCGUCUGUCGACCCGGACGAUUUGAAGUGGUUUUUCGAGGAGACUAGGAGGGUUUCCGGGGCCAGCGGGUAGCCUUUUUUUCGUGCAUUAUAGAGAGGAUAGUUGAAACAUGAAUUUUCGGUGGCGGAUGUUUCAAACGUUUUUCUUUUUCUUUUUUUCUUCGCCUCUUUUUUCUGUUCUGCCCUUGAUACGAGCCCUGACACAACACAAUACUCGCUGUCGUGUUAUACUCGAGUACAUGCGACGGUAAAAACAAAAACAAAAAUAAAAAUAAAAAUAAAAAAAUAAAGCUUGCGGACACUUACCUGUAGUCCAACUGGGAACAACCCUGACUUUUAGCACAGUAUAAUACAGGACAGCACUCGUACGAAGUACAGAGUCAUAAUAUCACAGGCCUCAAGUUAUGAUAGUGUGAUACGGCAGCGUAUACCUAUCAACCAAAACGCAAGAAUCCACCACAAGUUCCCCCACCCAAGACAAACCAAAACCAAAGGUCUAGACCGAAAAAUAAAAAAAUAAAAAGCACAACAAAUACCGGUAGGCACUCCCGAUAUUCUCCACAUCCGACGCCUCCCGUCUAGCUACAGCACUAGUACAGUACAUUACCUGGUACAGUACCGUACGGUACAGUACUAAGUUAGGCUGUAUAUAGACUACCACGACCCCGCCCACUCACUCGCUCGUCCGUCAAGAAUCAUGUCUGUGCUUUAUCUGCGGUGUUGCGCUUACGGCUGCCGCUCCUACUUGCACUUGUAGGGGACGGGCAUCAUGCUCGUAACACACUUUUACCGGAACUCGUGGUGAGGUGUGUGCGUAAAUUGUCAUGCUUCUCGUGGCCCGCUCGGCACCGCCGUACUAUUAUACUUUCCUUGUGCGAGUGCAGUACGAGUAACCGUACGGGUAGGGUAAGCUGCUGGGGAUACUGGCAUUUGAUUCGUGGGCGGUAGUUGUCAAGGUAAUUCUCCGAUCGUCGAGGCUGCCAGAGGAUGGUACAAGUACGAGCAAUUGCCGUGCUGCCAUUUGC